AUGGCUAAACGUUUUCUACUUCUUCUUACUCUUCUUCUUGCUGUGACCGUUACAGAAUCCGAAGCUUACUCGACGACGACGACGAGGCCCUUUCAAGGCUAUAAGCCGGAGAAAUUCACCCACCUCCACUUUUAUUUCCAUGACGUUAUCUCCGGUGACAAACCUACCGCCAUCAGAGUGGCCGAGGCCCCCGGGACAAACUCCUCAGCCAUCAAAUUUGGCGUAAUUAUGAUCGCUGAUGACCCGUUGACCGAGGGACCUGACCCGAGCUCGAAGGAAAUUGGGAGAGCUCAAGGGAUGUAUGCGUCAACGGACUUGAAAGACUUGAUCUUCACAAUGGUCUUUAACUUGGCUUUCACGGAAGGACAAUUCAAGGGAAGUACCCUCUCGAUGUAUGGACGGAAUGCGAUAAUGUCGAAGGUGAGAGAGAUGCCGAUCAUUGGUGGAACCGGUUGUUUUAGGUUUGCUAGAGGUUAUGCACAAGCCAAGACUUAUAAGCUUGUUGGUCAAGAUGCCGUGGUCGAGUAUAAUGUCUUCAUUUGGCAUUAGUAUUUUGUGAUAUAUUUGUUGUUCAAUGUCUUCCGAAGAUAAAUUGUUUUCAGUUUGGUUUGCUUAUAUUGUUUUUGGGUUUUUUUUGAUAAAUUGUUCUGUUUUUGUUGUGUUGUUUCAAGUUUAAAAGGUUUAGUUGUUUGAAUAUUUCGAGAAUUGAGAUGUGUGUAGUAAUUCAAAGGGGAAGUCUAUAUAACACAUGGACAUGAAAAUCA